GUACUGCUGUUUGCGGGGGUGGAACACGCUGUUCAUCUGCGGCACGGGCGAGUACGGCACGGCCACGUUCCCAUGCCCAGGUGUUCCCACAGGUGUGACUCCAGGUGUGUCUCUCCCCAGGUACUGCCGUUUGCGGGGCUGGAACACGCUGUUCAUCUGCGGCACGGACGAGUACGGCACGGCCACAGAGACACGGGCGCUGCAGGAGGGGCUGAGCCCGCGGCAGCUCUGCGAUCGCUACCACGCCCUGCACGCCGACAUCUACUCCUGGUUCCGCAUCGCCUUCGACCACUUCGGCCGCACCACCACGCCCCAGCAGACCAGGAUCGCCCAGGACAUUUUCCAGCGGCUGCUGGCGCGGGGGUUCCUGCUGCAGGACACGCUGGAGCAGCUGCGCUGCGACGCCUGCGGCCGGUACCUGGCCGACCGCUUCGUGGAGGGCACCUGCCCCUUCUGCGGCUACGGCGAGGCCCGCGGCGACCAGUGCGACCAGUGCGGCAAGCUCAUCAACGCCGUGGAGCUGCGGGUGGGCAGGGGGCCCGGGGAGCCUCAAAACCCCUUUGGGAACCACAAAUCCCCCUUUGGGACCCCCAAAACCCCUUUAGUCCCCUCCCUGCCCCGGGGUCACCUCACCUGUGACAGAGUCCCCUCCCUGCCCUGCUCCCAACGUCAGCUCACCUGUGACAAGGUGAGUGUCCCCUGUGUCCCCCCUGGGUCACCUCACCUGGGGCACGCCCGUACCCCUGGAUGGCUUCCGGGACAAGUGUCACCUGUGUCCCACCCCCUGGGUCACCUCACCUGGGGCACACCUGUACCCCUGGAUGGCUUCCAGGACAAGGUGAGUGUCACCUGUGUCCCCCUGGGUCACCUCACCUGGGGCACACCUGUACCCCUGGACGGCUUCCGGGACAAGGUGUUCUACGUGUGGUUCGAUGCUCCCAUCGGGUACCUGUCCAUCACAGCCACCUACACUGACCAAUGGGAGCGCUGGUGGAAGAACCCCCAGCAGGCGGGGUUAGGACCUCACAGCGGGUGCUCACCUGUCCCUUACCUGUCCCCACCUGUCCCUUACCUGUCCCCACCUGUCCACCUGUCCCCCCCUGUCCCAGAGUACCUGAACUACGAGGACGGCAAGUUCUCCAAGAGCCGCGGGGUGGGCGUGUUUGGGGACAUGGCCCAGGACACGGGGAUCCCGCCGGACGUGUGGCGCUUCUACCUGCUCUACCUGCGGCCCGAGGGCCAGGACAGCGCCUUCUGCUGGGCAGACCUGCUGCUGAAAAACAACUCGGAGCUGCUCAACAACCUGGGCAACUUCAUCAACAGGGCCGGCAUGUUCGUGUGUAAGUUCUUCUCGGGCGUGGUGCCGGCCAUGGCGCUCACGGCUGAGGACCAGCGGCUCCUGGCCAGGGUCACGCUGGAGGUGCGCCAGUACCACCUGCUGAUGGAGAAAGUCCGGUGGGUGCGGGGGUCCCCAAACCCGGGGGGAGGGGCAGAACCUGCCCGUCUGGCCGCGCUGCUGCAGCCCUUCGUGCCCGGGGUCAGCGCCGCCAUCCAGGAGCAGCUCCGCAUCCCCCCCGAGCGCUGCGGCCUCGGGCCCGGCCUGGCCUGCACGCUGCCCGCCGGACACCGCGUGGGCACGGUGAGCCCCCUGUUCCAGAAGUUGGAGCCCGAGCAGGUGGAAGCUCUGCGCCAGCGUUUCGGGGGAGGGCAGGCCAAACAGCCCCUGCCGGCCUCAGCCCCCCCUGCAGCCCCCACCCCUUGUGCAGCUCCAGGUGACCCCAAACUGAUCCAGGAGCUGACGGAGCAGGUGGCCAAACAGGGCAACCUGGUGCGGCAGCUGAAGGCCACCCAGGCCGACAAAGCCCAGGUGGACGCCCAGGUGGCCAAACUGCUGGAGCUGAAGCAGCAGCUGGCCCUGGCCGAAGGCCGGAGCCCCGAGGUGCCCAAGGGCAAGCGGAAGAAGUARCCCCAGUAACGGGACUGGGACACACUGGGGAGUGACCCCAGCACCCCCAGUAACCAAACUGGGCCGUGCUGGUUGUGUUGGACGCGUGUAAUAAAUGACAAGAGCUGUACAGUGGCGUGGARAAGCUGCAUCCACUUGUCUGUCCGUGUGUCCAUCUGUCCGUGGGGCUGCCCCCUCUGCCAGUCCGUGGGGCAGCAGAGUCCUUGUCCCCAGCUCUGGGACAGCGCUGUCACCGUCCCCCGGUGCUGUGAUCGGUCCGUGUCCCGGCCCCGCGCUGGGGCAGCCGCUACA